AAGCUAUGAAGAUUCAAAGUUCAUGAGCUUGCGUUACAAUUGCGGCGGUUACAAAGUGAAGUUGUGGGGUGACUCAAUAUGGAGUUGGGACCUUUGGGGUUGGGGAAAUUCGUCACUCUACUGUAACAGCUGCAAAUUGGUUGGGAACAACCAAGCUAGGUUGGCAAGGGUGGCCAACUUGGAUGGAUUGGUUGGGAAGGGACAAAGGUCAAAUUUGGAGUUCCUAUAGGGAGGGAAUCUUUGUGCUUAUGGGGUUUCCUUGGUUGGGGACUCUCUUGGGACCUUCCCUCUCAUCCCUCUCUUCCCAUCCCAACCUUUCUCUUGCUCCUCUAAUUCCUUGUGAGAUUCUUGAACCUUGAUUGAACUCUUGAGAUUGAGUUAAGUUCUCCUCCUACAGCUUACCCCUCAGUGCGUCGAAAGCCAUAGCGUCGCGAAUACUUUAUCAAUGAACGUGAUUCAAAUUGAGAAUGGUAGCUGAGAUUAAGAGCUACAACAUAUCCAAGUUUCGCGACAUUCCAACCGCUAUUUUUCCGUCGACGUCGUUUCUUGUAAAGACGACUUUUCUGUCCAGAAUUUCGGAUUAAUAUUUUGAGUAAUUCUAGCUCCUAAGUUCACCUAGACUCCGUCCUUAAUCCUAACACGAGCGCGUCAACCAAAUUGUCGAGCAACUCCUCCGUGCAGCCUGCAAGGACGAGAUCUCUAAAUGGGACUUGCACCUGCCCGUUCUGGAGUUUGCUUACAACAACGCUACACAUGCCGCUAUUGGACGGACGCCGUUCUUCCUCUGCUACGGACACCACCCGCUCACGCCACAAAAACCGACAGCAUCAGCUAGAGCCCAACCUGCACACGAUUUCAUCACGACCAUGCAUCAGCUUUGGGAUCGGACCCACAAGCGCCUCCUCGAUAUUCAACAGCAACAGAAGCACCAGGCCGAUUGCCAUCACAAUGACCACACCAUCACUGUGGGAGACUAGGUGCUCCUCGACACCCGCAACCUUGACAUUAGCCAUCUCCCAUCUAAACUUCGACCUCACUUCUGCGGGCCUUUCCUUGUUGAAGCACAUGUUACUCCUGUUACCUUCCGCUUACGCCUGCCAGCUACCUGGAGGAUUCACAACGCCUUCCAUCUCCAACUUCUGAAGCCCUAUCGGGAUCCUAACACGGUCUUCAUCGGACGCCAGCCACCGCCGCCGCCGCCCGUCCUCGUCCAUGAGGAACCCGAGUACGAGGUCGAGUCUGUGCUUGCACACCGCCGUCAUCGGAAUGGAACCGUGGAGCUUCUCAUUCGUUGGAAAAGUUAUGAUCCCUCUGAGGACAGCUGGGUUCCUGAAACCGACCUGAAACCCGUCGUCCUCUUCAUGACUUCCUUGUCAAGCAGGGUGUUACUUCUACCACCUAGCUUUUAGGGGGGGAAGUGUGAGAGUACGACCCUGUUACACCACUUGCCCUUUCCAUCUCUCCUUUCUAUUUCAUUUCCCUUUUUAUCUCAUCUCAUCUGGUUUCCUAUUCCUCCUUUUCCAUUAUCCUUUGGUUUAUCCUGUUAUUGUGAAUAUAUCACUGACCAGGCUUGGGAUGUACUGGCGCGCUAUAUCUAGCAUAAUCCUGCCGUAAUCCCUUAAAGCCAAUAGCCUUGUGUGGCUAUACGCAGGGUGAUUCUAUUUCUAGAAGGGUCUAUUCCCUUUGGAUAGGAUAAACCUGGUUACCUGAUGUACUCCGGAAGUAUAAAAGCGCCUUGUAUCAAUCAAUAGUGCAACUUUUC